UCAGACAUCCCAGUUCCCAGGGUCUCCAUUCCUUUCCUUCCCAUUGCGUGAGAGAGAGAGAGAGAAAGAGGAAGGAACCGAUGACUCUCUCUCAUUAGCGUCGUGCCUCUGAUAGUUUUCUUUCUUCCAGAUCGUGGGUCUUGCAAAUUUGGACUAUUUCUACUGUUCUAUCCCUUCUGUUCUGAACUUGGAAGCUACGUCACACUGGCUGCCGAUGGAUUCUGGAGAAAAUUCGUCGAAGCUUACAGAGAGGAUUCAGAUAAUAUGGCGGUUCUUGGAUGUUGAGUGACUCAAAGCUUUAAGCAGUUUUUUGGGUAGUUUUGAAGAGGUAAGUGAGUGACUUUCGGAGGGCGCGUAGUGAAUUUUGAGGAGGACCAUCGAGAUUAAUGCGUGGAUUUUACUCUUGGACCAUUGAGUUGCUGAGGUUGAUUAUUUCGAGUUGACUAGGCGGAGACGUUGUUUCCUGGGUUAGAUUACACGGUGGUAUAGUUUGUCCGUACAGAAGAGCAUGUUCUUAUCCAAUUCUGAUUUGCAGAUCAUGGUAGAAGCAGAUAGUAUUGUAGUCUUCAGAAGUUAAUCAAACGGCGUUGCUCUGUGAACUUGGUUGUGAUUGUUUUCGCUUAGAGCAUUGUGGAAAUGACAGGCAGAUUGAGGGUUUUCAGGCCAUGGACCUGUUCUGAAUAACUUGUGAAUUGGGCUGGGAAGAACAUCACGCUAGACUUGAAGAGAGAAAUGGGGGCCAUUGAUGGAGAACAGAUGGUCAAAUGGGAGAAGAUGCAUGGUGUGAGCGGUUGUGAAGAGAAGAUUCUUGUGCUAGUAAGGUUGAGGCCUUUGAGUGAUAAGGAAAUUGCUGUGAAUGAAGUAGCAGAUUGGGAAUGCAUCAAUGAUACUACCAUAUUGUACCGGAAUACGCUGCGGGAGGGUUCCACAUUUCCAAGUGCCUACACAUUUGACAGAGUGUUUCAAGGUGAUUGCUCCACAAAGCAGGUAUAUGAGGAAGGAGCUAAAGAAAUUGCUCUUUCAGUUGUUAGUGGCAUUAACUCUAGCAUAUUUGCUUAUGGACAGACAAGCAGUGGAAAGACAUACACAAUGAAUGGAAUAACUGAGUAUUCUGUAGCAGAUAUUUUUGACUAUAUAAAUAGACAUGAAGAAAGAGCAUUUGUAUUGAAGUUCUCAGCAAUUGAAAUUUAUAAUGAAGUUGUCAGAGACCUUCUUAGCACGGACAACACUGCACUAAGGCUUCGGGAUGAUCCUGAGCGAGGAACCAUUGUAGAGAAACUCGCAGAAGAGACUCUACGGGACUGGGCACAUUUGAAAGAGCUCCUGUCUUUUUGUGAAGCCCAAAGACAGGUUGGAGAGACAUACCUGAAUGAAAAGAGUUCUAGAUCUCACCAAAUUAUCAGACUGACUGUUGAAAGUUCUGCCCGAGAAUUCUUGGGCAAAGGCAACUCAACCACUUUAGCAGCCAGUGUGAAUUUUGUUGAUUUGGCAGGGAGUGAGCGUGCAUCUCAGGCAUUAUCAGCUGGAGCAAGAUUGAAAGAAGGAUGUCAUAUAAACCGAAGUUUACUUACUCUUGGAACUGUCAUUCGGAAGCUUAGUAAUGGGAGACAGGGUCACAUCAACUACAGAGAUUCCAAGUUGACUCGCAUACUGCAGCCUUGCUUGGGUGGCAAUGCAAGAACAGCCAUCAUUUGCACUUUGAGUGCUGCUCGUAGCCAUGUUGAGCAAACUAGAAACACACUUCUUUUCGCUUGUUGUGCAAAGGAAGUGACCAUUAAAGCACAGGUUAAUGUAGUGAUGUCUGAUAAGGCCUUGGUUAAGCAUUUACAAAAGGAGGUGGCAAGAUUGGAGAGCGAGCUGAGAACUCCUGCACAUGCUGCCUCCAACUGUGAUUAUGCAGCACUGCUGAGAAAGAAAGACCUCCAGAUUGAAAAGAUGGAAAAAGAGAUUAGGGAGCUAACUAAGCAACGUGAUCUCGCACAGUCUCGUGUUGAGGAUUUGCUACAGAUGGUUGGAAAUGACCAUAAAUCUACAAAAGAAGCGGAUGAUGCCUGGGAGGAUGAUUGCUCAGUGUCAGAGUCAUCAAGCAUUUAUGGUCCUCGUCAGGAUUUACGCCAUAGAGAGUUCAACAAUCCUCACUUUAAUGAUGGAUACAAUGGAAGUAAACCUGAAGGUUCCAAUCACCACUCUGAUGAAUACCCUGAUGAAUAUUGCAAAGAAGUUCAAUGUAUUGAUUCCUCAAGAAGUGAUAAUGGGAUCUUGGCACUGCCAAUGUUUGGAGAGGGUAAUACUGGUCAGGAAAUGAUGAGUCCUCUUCACGAAGAAAGUGAAACUAGCCAAAUCCAAAACAAUUCAGCAGAUGGUGCUCAGGAGCAGAGGUCAAAUAAUGUACAAAUGACCAUUGGUUCAUCUAAUUCUAGGAAUGUUACAUUAACAAGGAGCUGGAGUUGUACAGAACAUCUCAUGAGUGGAUCUCCUGAGAGGUCUGGGGAAACAGAGAGCACACCGGCUAAUGGGUUUGCAAGGGGCUUCCUUGGAAGGCCAGAACGUUUGCGGGGAAAGUUUCCUCCAUUAAUUUAUGGCGAUGCCACAAGGUUGUCAAGGAAUGAUUCCCAGUCUUCUAUUGGAACACCCUCCAGGGAUGAGUUAAGGGUAAACAGCAUGAGAAUAUCUGCUGAUGAGGAUAUUACUAGUGUCCAAACUUUUGUUGCUGGGAUGAAGGAAAUGGUCAAACUUGAGUAUGGGAAGCAGCUUGUUAAUGGUCAGAUUCAGAAGAAUGUGAAAGAUGUAGGCAUAAACCCAAUGUUAGAGGCACCUGGAACGCCUUUAGAUUGGCCUCUACAAUUCAAGAGACAGCAAAAGGAGAUACUCGAAUUGUGGCAAGCUUGUAGCGUAUCGCUGAUUCAUAGGACUUACUUCUUUCUUCUGUUCAGGGGUGAUCCAACAGAUUCCAUUUAUGUUGAGGUAGAGCUUAGAAGAUUGUCUUUUCUCAAAGAAACAUUUUCUCAUGAAAAUAAGAACGUGAAGGAUGGGCAGAUAGUCACACUUUCUUCCAGUGAGAAGGCUCUUCGCAGGGAGAGAGAGAUGCUGAUCAAGUUUAUGCAGAGAAGGCUUUCAGAGGAAGAGAAGAGAAGUCUGUUCAAGAAGUGGGGUAUUGGAUUGGAUUCAAAGCGAAGGAGGAUGCAGCUGGCCAACCGUUUAUGGAGCAACACUGAUAUGAACCACAUCAUAGAAAGUGCUUCUGUGAUUGCAAAGCUGGUGAGAUUCUCAGAACAGGGGAAGGCUUUUAAGGAGAUGUUUGGGCUUAGCUUCUCCACACUCUAUCAGACAAGGAGAAGAUCAUAUCCUUGGAAAAAUAGCAGUGCCUCGCUUUUGUAGGCCUUGAUAUUGGUAUCUUACUCAUUCUUUUGUUAAUGGGAAUGAAACUAUGGCCUAAAUUUAGUAUUUGAGAUGUUUUCUGUUGUUUAUGGGAGUGAAACUGUGGACUAAAUUUAGUAUUUGAGGGAGUCAUUCUUGGUUUUUCAGCCUGGUAUCUUCAUUUGGGCAUGGUGGCCUCUAAUUAUGUUGUGCCACUUCACGUGUAAUGUAAUUGUCUAGUAUCUUCAAAUUUCUAGGGUUUGUUGACUUACUAAUUUCAUUGUGUACUAAUACUAAAAUAUAUAUAUAUAUAUAUAUAUAUAUUUCGUAGCCUUAAUUUC